AAAAUUCUCGAGAGGCCUUCUGGGUCCCACAGACACAGUGCAGACAACAGCGCCCCCUGUAUAGAUAAAAGCCUUGAUAGAACCUGGGUCUUCGCAGUCGGGGAUCAGAAGGGAGCAUUGGAAUUCAUUGACACUGAUGGCUUUUUGAAGGGCUUCCACAUUGACCUUUUAAAGGCAAUUUGCAAGACGGCCGGAAGGAAAUGCACCUAUGUCAUGGAUGCCUAUUCGAACUGUUGGGAGAGUACAGGAGACAGGGAGUUCCCUGGGCAAGGGCUUCUGGGUAAAUGGUACGAUGCCUGCAUGGGAUAUUGGCCUUCGCCACGCCGUCUCAAUAGCUUCAACUUUACAAUCUCCUAUUUGAAGAGUGACCCCGCACACGUCUAUUAUCUGAUGGAAAACAUGAAUUUCGAUCCAAAAGACUUUCGUGGCAGAAAUAUAGGAUUUAUGGAUGGCUGGGCCACUAAUGAGUUUUGCCUUGCAAAAGACGGCAACGUUGAAGCAAAAGGGAUACAACCUGGUGACUAUACUGAGUUUUACUUCAAGGACCACACGGACAUGGUUGAUGCCCUAAUGGAAAAGAAGAUUGACGCAUUUCUCUCAACAGAGGCAUCAUAUACACCCAAAGAAGGCAGUGGGGUGGUAACAGUAGGCGAGGGAUUCUCUUGCAGCUACAAUAAUCGAGGAACUGCCUUUAUGACGCAUUAUAACAACCCCGUCCUUGAUUGGUUAAACGCAGCCAUGCAGGAGAUUUACGAUGAUGGGACAUAUCGACGAAUAUGCAAAAAGGCGCAGUUGGAUUACGCUAAACACGGGAAGCUGCUGUGCCUUGAUUGAUGUGACGUGAUUCCUAAAACAUUCUGCCCCGAAGAGAACAAUCGACAAAUUUCCACAAGAUGAUGGAUAUAAUAAAGAUUGCUGUAAUGGAGUACUCCAUAUGAUUAACUCUUGUGGCGUGAUUUCUCAAUGAAACGUGUACAUAUAUUCUUAACGAAUAAUAGACUGCAUUUGUGAUUUCCAUAAACAAUUUAAUAUUAUCAUAGUUUAUUUCAAAAAUAAUGUUAUAACAUCAUAUUAUAGCACUAAUGUUACUAGUCC